AUGGUUGCCCUAUUUACUCUACCAAACGAAUUGGUCCUCUCAUCCUUAUCUUCUCAAUUUCCAUGCAGAGACCAACAAAUUCGCUCUCUGGCUACUUUACUUUCUAUCCAGACAGCUCCAAGCAGAAACCUUGUACUCCAUGGACUUGAAGCCACGGGCAAAUCUACGAUAACGAAGGCCAUCCUCGAAGCACUAUCAGCUAAUUCAGUACACAAUGGCAUUUCCGAGGAGCAUUUCAACGAUGAACUACAAUAUGCCAUAAUCAAAAGCGCAGAAUGUAUAUCUGGAAGACACUUGUUGGAGCAAACCAUAGGCGCUGUUGCGAAAGCAGUAGAAUGGAGGGGGAACAUACCAAGAUGUGAGAAUCUUGCACAAUUAGUGGUCGAGGUUGGAAAAUUACUCGAAGGUUGGACUGCCACAAACGAAGCACAAGCUGCGAAGCAGAGAUUCGUUCUUGUUUUUGAUGGUAUCGAUCGACAGAAAGAAGCUCCUCCGACUAUGCUACCAGCACUAGCUCGAAUGAGUGAAAUUAUCCCUAAUCUUACCACAAUAUUUAUCACUACAGUUCCCCGACAUAGCUUCUUUCACCUCCCUGGCAUUCCUCAUAUUCAAUUCCCGUCAUACAAUAAAUCCGAACUGGUGACAAUUCUCUCUCGAACCUGUAAACCCUCACCUCGACUCCCUGAUGGUUCCAAAGAAACCUCGUCCGUUUGGGAACGCUUCCUCCCCACAAUCUACGACUCUCUUUCCAAACACUCAGGUCGUGACCUACUCUCGUUUCGCACAGUUUGCCUCCAAUUAUGGCCUACCUUUAUCCAACCAAUAUUGAAUGGAACAUACACAUCUAACGAAUUCUCCCGCCUUCUCAUCGCCAAUCGUGCCCUUCUUCAAAAUGACACAUUUCUCACGCCAUCUGUGCUUGCUCCUACCACGUCCAACUCUCUGGCAACAACGUCAAUCUCUAACACAAGCACCACUCAGACUCAAGCCGAAAACAAAAUAACAACUCAUCUCCCGUAUCACACUCGGCUCCUCCUCAUCGCCUCCUAUCUUGCUUCCCAUAACCCCCCUCGCACAGAUCAGUACCAUUUUCUCCAACAAACCUCAACCUUCAAGCGUAAAAAGCGCGGUGGUGGUACCGCCCUCACUGCCUCCACUUCCCGACCUGGUAUUUCCAAAUCCCGCAAAAUUCCUCGCAAACUUCUUGGGCCCCAAGCAUUUGUCCUAGAAAGAAUGCUCGCCAUAUACCACGUGAUACUCGAGGAUGCCGAUGGGCGAGGCCGCUAUUCAUCUACAAAUGGGGCUGGCAAGAUGAAACUCAAAAGGUUGGGUGCAGAGCAAGCUGAUAUACAAAUGGCCAUUGCGACACUAGCUAGCUUGCGCUUGAUCGCUAAGAUGGGGAGUGCGAAUGCGGGGGAUACAUUGGAUGGAGGAAGUAGAUGGAGAGUCGCGGUUGGGUGGGAAGUAGUGAGAGGGAUUGCGAGGAGUGUGGGGGUGGAGGCGGAGGAUUAUUUGGCGGAGUGA